AUGCCGGGUGGGAGCGUACCGGUGCUGGCGCUGGCACUGGUGCUGUGCCUGCUCCUGCCCUGCGCCGGGCAGAAUCACCGGGAGGAAGCCGAGCGCAUCAUGAUGACCACGCCGGUCAUCGACGGGCACAACGACCUGCCCUGGCAGCUCCUCAAGAGGUUCAACAACCAGCUGGGGCUGCCGGAGGCCAACCUCACGCUGCUGAACGGCACCCACACCAACAUCCCCAAACUGCGCAGCGGGCACGUGGGAGGGCAGUUCUGGUCGGUGUACGUGCCCUGCGACACACAGAACAAGGAUGCGGUGAAGCGCACGCUGGAGCAGAUCGAUGUGGUGCACCGCAUGUGCGAGCUCUACCCUGAGACCUUCGCCUGCGUCGUCAGCAGCGCCGGCAUCCGGCAGGCUUUCCAGAGCAAGAAGGUGGCCAGCCUCAUCGGGGUGGAGGGCGGCCACUCCAUCGACAGCAGCUUGGGCGUUCUGCGCACCUUCUACCACCUCGGCGUCCGCUACAUGACCCUCACCCACAGCUGCAACACCCCUUGGGCUGACAACUGGCUGGUGGACACUGGGGACGAGCCAGCCCUGCACCAUGGCCUCUCGCCCUUCGGGAAGACGGUGCUGGAGGAGAUGAACCGCCUGGGCAUGAUCGUGGACCUGGCCCACGUCUCGGUGGAGACGAUGAAGGUGGUGCUGCGCCUCUCCAAAGCCCCCGUCAUCUUCAGCCACUCGUCCGCCUACAAGCUCUGCCCGCACCACCGCAACGUGCCCGAUGAUGUGCUGAUGAUGGUGGCCUCCACGGGCAGCCUGGUGAUGGUCAACUUCUACAACGCAUACGUGACAUGCAGGGACACGGCCACGCUGACUGACGUCGCAGACCACAUGGACUACGUGAAGAAGGUGGCCGGCGCCCAGUCUGUCGGCUUUGGCGGGGACUACGACGGGGUCACGGGGCUCCCCACCGGCCUGGAAGACGUCUCCACGUACCCUGCGCUGGUGGCUGAGCUGCUGGCGAGGAAUUGGACGGAGGCAGAGGUGAAGGCGGCCCUGGCCGAAAACCUGCUCCGCGUCUUCAGAAAGGUGGAGGAGGUGAAGAUGACCCUGCAAGGCACGGCUGCCCGCGAGACACCCAUCGCCUUCGAGGAGCUGGAGGGGACGUGCAGGACCCGCUAUGGGUAUGCCAACAGUGCCGGCACAGCCCGGCUCCCACCGGCAGCCCUGGCGCUGGUGCUGGCCCUGCUGCACUCCCUGCUCUCCUAG